AUGGCAGAAGAAUUCACUGAAGAUAUAGGAGUUGUGAACAGGAGGCUACUAGAACCCGUUCCUUUCGUUAGAACGAACAAUUGUAUAAAAGAUGUAGAUGCAGAAUUGUUUAUCAAGUUAUAUGCAAAUCAUUUAAAACUGCAUAAUAAAAUAACGUUUCCAAAAUGGUGUAACUUUGUCAAAACAGGAAAGGGAAGAAAAUUAGCCCCAUUAAAUGAUGAUUGGUACUUUAUUAAAGCAUCAAGUAUUUUGAGAAAGCUAUAUUUAAAUCCAGAUAUAGGAGUAGGAUUUUUAAGAAGACAUUAUAGUUAUAAACAGAGAAGAGGUGUUGCUCCAAAUCAUACCAGUUUAGCUAGUGGAAAAAUUUUAAGAUCUAUUUUGCAACAGCUAGAAAAUUUAGGUUAUGUAGAACAAAAUCCAAAGAAAAAGGGAAGACGUCUCACAACAAAAGGGGAAAAUGCAAUUAACAAUUUUGCAAGGUACAUUAAUAAGAAGGUGUACAAGUUGGACAAAGAGUAA